UUAGCCUUUAUUUUGACACUCUGGUGUCGUCACUUUUGUUCCUCCAGUAGUAUGAAGACACUUGGCCUUUUCUGUUCUGGAGUUUUUCUACUUGAAAGAAUGAAUUUCUUGAUGAUUUCUAACCAGAGUUUUGGAUCCAAGUAAAGUUAAAUUCUCGGUUAUUCCUGUGAUCAGCAUUUUAAAUUGGGCCCACUAUCAGGGUGACGGAUUAUUGUUGAAAGGAAAAGGCAAAAUAAACAAAAAAAAAAAAAAAAUUAUGUCUCAACUGAACAAUAGCACCGGAAAGCGAGGCCGCGGCGUGGCGAGCACCUCGACGUCGUCGGUCUCGGCCUUAAACAGUUCCACAGAUCUCGCCAGUUUGUUCGAGUGUCCUGUUUGCUUUGACUAUGUGCUGCCGCCCAUUCUGCAAUGUCAGAGUGGUCACUUGGUCUGCAGCAACUGUCGACCAAAGCUCACCUGCUGUCCCACUUGUCGAGGGCCUUUAGGUAACAUUCGUAAUCUUGCAAUGGAAAAAGUAGCAAGUAACGUAAUGUUCCCCUGCAAGUACUCGACAAGCGGCUGCGCUGUGACGCUUGUGCACACAGAAAAGCCAGAUCACGAAGAUACCUGCGAAUUCCGUCCAUACAGCUGUCCGUGUCCCGGUGCCUCGUGCAAAUGGCAAGGCUCGCUUGAACUGGUCAUGAACCAUCUUGUCAUGAGUCACAAGAGUAUCACAACCCUUCAAGGAGAAGAUAUCGUUUUUCUUGCAACGGAUAUCAACUUGCCAGGUGCUGUGGACUGGGUGAUGAUGCAAUCCUGCUUUGGGCAUCACUUUAUGCUUGUACUGGAGAAGCAAGAAAAGUACGACGGUCACCAGCAGUUUUUUGCCAUAGUUCAGCUCAUUGGCUCGAGGAAACAGGCAGAAAACUUUGCUUACAGACUGGAACUUAAUGGUCACCGACGACGUUUAACGUGGGAGGCAAUGCCGCGCUCAAUACAUGAGGGCGUUUCCUCAGCAAUAUUGAACUCGGAUUGCCUGGUGUUCGACACGUCGAUCGCUCAGCUGUUUGCUGACAACGGCAACCUCGGCAUCAAUGUCACUAUAUCGAUGGCAUGAGGUAAAGCCGCCUCCAGCGGCUUCUGAAGAGCCUCCGCGUCAGCCAAGCGUCACUCCUUGUGAACGUGAUUUGCCUAAACUCUUGAAUCAUUUGAUUCAGUGCUUUUCUGUGUAUGUGUACAGGGUGAUAUAUGGUUGUAACAUUUCGAGGAUAAAGCCUCUCGUCUCUUCAUGAAGUCACUGAGGAUAAAAAAAAAAACUACGAAUCGUUGGACAAACGAUGAGUGUGAUACCAACGUUCUAAAAAUUAGAAAAUCUCUUUCAAUCUUUUUGCGUUUGUAUUGAGUUUUCCCUUUUGUACGUACUGCCCAAGAAUUAUUGCCCCUCCGAAUUGAGAAGUUUGUUUUGUACAAUAUUUUUUAGGGCUCUCUAUGCGACUUUACCUCUAGUUAACUGUAGCGUGUGAGCAGAUGUAAAAUACAAAUAUUUUAUUUAUUUAUCCUUACUAACAACCGUCAAACGUUAUAAUAAAAUUUCAAAAAAAUUAUGAAAAAUUUCAAAGUAACUUAGAGGUAGAUUCUGCUCUCGUGCGUAAGCAUAUUGACGAUAUUUAUCAUUGAUAUUUAGUUUUUUCAGUUUUUCUUCUUAUCUUUUCUUCACAAGCAAAAGUCUACAUGCUUCUGUUGCAUACACACAAUUUAAUAGUUAAUUUUUACGAUGAUUCAGACUGAAUUCUACAUUGUAUACUCUUAAUAAUGGGAAAAAAUAUUUAUAAAGGCAGUAACUAUAGUUGUAAAUUAUAAAAAAAAAUUUGAUAAGACAUGUAACGAUUAAAUGUAUGAAUAUGUUAUGUAGGAAUGACAAAUUUUAUUAUUUUUAAUCAUGCGCGAGUAAAUAUACAGUCAGUUAAGAUAGUGUUUCUGGAUGUGCUCUUAUUGCACUACUGUACUCGCUUUUUACUGCACAAAAUGCAGUUUUAAAUUGGGCUAAAAGAAAACAAAAAUUUUCUAAUUAGGGAUAACUUUUUCAAAGCUGUCACUUUGACAAUCCGGUAGAUUGAAGGAUGGACCAGGCUAAAAAGUAAGGCCCCAAUCUGUUUUUCAAACAAAGCUUGCAUAUUUCCUUAUCCACAGGAUUCUAGAAGGCUAAUGAAAAACGAACGAAACAUUUGAGAAGCUUAAUGGAAAAAGUAAUUAGGUCGGUUGUAAAACUUGAGUCGAACUAAUUUUCCAACAAUAAGCUUGUACACGUGUGUGUGUGUCUACGAAACAUGAAGAUGCAAUGAUUAUCGAAAUGGCCCAAUUUUUUUGACAAUUGUACAUAGUUUUACGAUUUUUGACGAAAAAUGUCGAUAAUAUAAAAUAAAAUUAUACCUUUACAUUAACGGUCGCAAUCGUAAAGAUUUUAAAUUAUUAAUUUUCAAAAUGAAAUACAAAAAUUGGAGAUAAGCAGGCGUGCAUAUACGAUUUUCUUUACAGACUUGCUUUAACGCUCAGUUUUCACUUUGACAACUUUUUACGAAUAACAUAACAAAAGCGAUAUGCAAGCCUGCUUUAAAACUAAUAUUGCUGUACAUAAAAAAAAGAAAUUGUAGCCUAAGUACUUGUAAGAUAAAUCAAUCUUCAUACAUCUCGAAAAAGCACCUAUACAAUAAAAUUAUUUCUUUUUUAAAUUA